AGUUUGCGGAGAGAGAAACUGAGACCGAAGACUGAAGGAUAAACUCGUUCUCCCGUCCCAGCAGUAAGACUUCCGUCUAAGGAUGAUAACACCUCAUUGUUGACCGCACCGCGUUCAAAGCGCGAGCUGCGUAUCGUGCGCACCGCAUCCAUGUGCGUAACGGUGCGGGUACGGACUAUGGGAUGCGGGAAAAGCAGACACCGCUCACCCGAGGACUCGGAAGUUGAUUUGAAGAACAGCAGCAAGAACAGCUCUGCCCACAAUGCCAAGAAGAGGAAGCUGGGGUCAGAGGAGAAGAAAACAGUGGAAGGAGAGAAGGAAGUGUCAGGUAUGUGGUGCAUGUAUGUCUGGAGGUGAUAGGUGUAUGCCUGGAAGUGAUAUGUGUAUGCCUGGAGGUGAUUUGUGUAUGCCUGGAGGGGAUACGUGUAUGCCUGGAGGUGAUACGUGUAUGUCUGGAGGUGAUACGUGUAUGCCUGGAGGUGAUACGUGUAUGCCUGGAGGUGGUAAGUGUAUGUCUGGAGGUGAUACGUGUAUGUCUGGAGGUGAUACGUGAAUGUCUGGAGGUGAUACGUGUAUGUCUGGAGGUGAUACGUGUAUGCCUGGAGGUGAUACGUGUAUGCCUUAAGGUGAUACGUGUAUGUCUGGAGUGAUCCGUGUAUGUCUGGAGGUGAUAGGUGUAUGUCUGGAGGUGAUACGUGUAUGGCUGGAGGUGAUACGUGUAUGUCUGGAGGUGAUAAGUGUAUGCCUGGCGGUGAUACGUGUAUAGAUGUGUAUGGCUGGAGGGGAUAGGUGUAUGUCUGGAGGUGAUAGGUGUAUGUCUGGAGGUGAUACGUGUAUGCCUGGAGGUGAUACGUGUAUGCCUUAAGGUGAUACGUGUAUGUCUGGAGUGAUACGUGUAUGUCUGGAGUUGAUAGGUGUAUGUCUGGAGGUGAUACGUGUAUGUCUGGAGGUGAUACGUGUAUGUCUGGAGGUGAUAAGUGUAUGCCUGGAGGUGAUACGUGUAUGUCUGGAGGUGAUAUGUGUAUGUCUGGAGGUGAUACAUGUAUGUCUGGAGUUGAUACAUGUAUGUCUGGAGGUGAUACGUGUAUGUCUGGAGGUGAUACGUGUAUGCCUGGAGGUGAUAUGUGUGUGAUAUGUGGUUAUAUUAGGAGGUGAUAUGUGUAUAUCUAGAGGUGAUAUGUGUACGUCUGGAGGUGAUAUGUGUGUGUCUGGAGGUGAUACGUGUAUUAUGUCUUGAGGUGAUAGGUGUAUGUCUAGAGGUAUGUGAUAUAUGCAUGUUAGGAAAUAUGUGAUUUUUCUGUGUCUCCAGUGAUGUAAUAUUUGAAUGUCUGGAAAAUGUAUCUUAGAGCAAUGACGUCUGGUAUGCAAUUAAAACAGGUGGCUCUUGAGCACUGUUUAAACUUUGGCUCAUCUUGGAUUGACUUAUCCCCCCCCCCAAAUCCCCCCACCAAAAAAAAACAAAAAACAAACAAACUAACAAAAAUACAAAACAUUUGAUUAGAAUAUCAAUUCGAGGUAUAGAUAAAAGUGGUUGUUGGGUGGUGCCCAUCCCUAGUUACGGGCAAUACAUUGAAAUGACUUUAAACACAGUGGCUAUGAAUCUUCUCCUAGGUGAUGAUGGCCCAGGCGGUGGCCAUGAUCUGGCAAUUUGCCGUCAUCGGUUGUCCUCCCAGAAGGAAUCAAGCAAAACUUUUUUUUUUCUUAAGACGUAAGAACAAGAAAUAAUAAAAGACUAGAGAUUUCCUCCAACAAGACUCAAUGGGAAGACCAAAGUAUAGACGCAAACCUUCUUCAAUAGACUCAUCAAUCUGACUCUGUGUUUCUUGACUUCAUAUUGAAAUGUGUUCCGACGACCUCACAAACACACACAAAUUCCUUGGAAGGGUGCAUGGUUUCAGGAGGUAGGCGCCAUUGUUUGGUCAAACCUGCACUUGGAUGGCAUGUCAAACUGCUUGAUAAGACACGAUGCAAAAUGGGUGUCGGUGUUUGUUGCGCUUGGCCUGUUUGUACGGCUGAACAGGUUUGCACGUCUCCACGUACACGGCGUCCAUGUGCAGGUCGGGUGCUAACCAAACGUUUCAAGUGGAUUUGAUGGGAAAUUAUGGUAAAAAUAGAAUAGGGCAACGAAGCGUCCAAUGGAACAUCCAACAGAACGUGCAAGAGAGCAUCCAAUAUAGCAUCCAAUAGAACAUCCAUUAGAACAUCCAAUGAAAUAUCCAAUAGAGCAUCCAAUGAAACAUCCGAUAGAACAUCCAAUAAAACAUCCAAUAGAACAUCAAAUUGAACAUCCAAUGAGCAUCCAAUAGAACAUCCGAUGAAACAUCCAAUUAAACAUCAAAUAGAACAUCCAAUGAGCAUCCAAUAGAACAUCCAAUAUAGCAUGAAAUAGAACAUCCAAUAGAAAAUCCAAUAUAACAUCCAAUAGAGCAACCAACAGAGCAUUUAAUAGAACAUCUAAUAGAACAUUCAAUAGAACAUCCAAUUGAACAUUCAAUAGAUCAUCCAAUAGAACAUCCAAUGGAGCAUCAAAUAGAACAUCCAAUGAGCAUCCAAUAAAGCACUUCCCAUCACGUUCCAGUAGAGUACAAAGUUGUUUUCUAAGUCAAGACGAAUUGAUCUAAAAGCAGUGAAGACACAGUGGCACGGUAUCUAAUGAGUGAAGGGUCAUAACGAUUUAUGUUAACCUGCCUUUAUGUGGGGAUGGUCGGACACUUUAUGAGAACAAAACAUGAUGUGUGGAUGGUCGGACACUUUAUGAGAACAAAACAUGAUGUGUGGAUGGUCGGACACUUUAUGAGAACAAAACAUGAUGUGUGAAUGGUCGAACAGUAUAUGAGAACAUAACAUAAUCUGUGGAUGGUCGAAGAAUUUGUAGGAACAUAGCAUAAUGAAUGAAUGGUGGCAUAGAUAUUAAGAGGACCUAAUGUAUAAAAGGCAGUACAUUUGACGAUGUCAGAUGAUAUAACAUUAAUACAGCUUGGGAUAAAAAAUAUGAUACAGUUUGUGAGAUAAAAGAUGACACAGUUUGUAAUAUAAAAGAUGAUACAGCUUGUGAUAUAAAAGAUGAUAAAGCUUGUGAUAUAAAAGUUGAUACAGUUUGUGAUAUAAAAGUUGAUACAGCUUGUGGUAUAAAAGAUGAUAAAGCGUGUGAUAUAAAAGUUGAUACAGCUUGUGAUAUAAAAGAUGAUACAGCUUGUGAUAUAAAAGAUGAUACAGCUUGUGGUAUAAAAGUUGAUACAGCUUGUGAUAUAAAAGAUGAUACAGCUUGUGAUAUAAAAGAUGAUAAAGCUUGUGAUAUAAAAGUUGAUACAGCUUGUGAUAUAAAAGAUGAUACAGCUUGUGAUAUAAAAGUUGAUACAGCUUGUGAUAUAAAAGAUGAUAAAGCUUGUGGUAUAAAAGUUGAUACAGCUUGUGAUAUAAAAGAUGAUACAGCUUGUGGUAUAAAAGACGAUACAGUUUGUGAUGUAAAAGAUGAUAAAGCUUGUGAUAUAAAAGAUGAUACAGCUUGUGAUAUAAAAGAUGAUACAGUUUGUGAUAUAAAAGAUGAUAAAGCGUGUGAUAUAAAAGAUGAUACAGCUUGUUAUAUAAAAGAUGAUACAGUUUGUGAUAUAAAAGAUGAUACAGCUUGUGAUAUAAAAGUUGAUACAGCUUGUGAUAUAAAAGAUGAUACAGCUUGUGGUAUAAAAGUUGAUACAGCUUGUGAUAUAAAAGAUGAUAAAGCGUGUGAUAUAAAAGAUGAUACAGCUUGUGGUAUAAAAGUUGAUACAGCUUGUGAUAUAAAAGUUGAUACAGCUUGUGAUAUAAAAGAUGAUAAAGCGUGUGGUAUAAAAGUUGAUACAGCUUGUGGUAUAAAAGUUGAUACAGCUUGUGGUAUAAAAGAUGAUACAGUUUGUGAUAUAAAAGAUGAUAAAGCGUGUGAUAUAAAAGAUGAUACAGCUUGUGAUAUAAAAGAUGAUACAGCUUGUGAUAUAAAAGAUGAUACAGCUUGUGAUAUAAAAGAUGAUACAGCUUGUGAUAUAAAAGAUGAUACAGCUUGUGAUAUAAAAGAUGAUAAAGCGUGUGAUAUAAAAGAUGAUACAGCUUGUGAUAUAAAAGAUGAUACAGCUUGUGAUAUAAAAGAUGAUACAGCUUGUGAUAUAAAAGAUGAUACAGCUUGUGAUAUAAAAGAUGAUACAGCUUGUAAUGACGUAAUAACGUGAUAAAUCACUAUUAGUCACAGUUUUUUUAUCUCCUAAAGGCACAUCGUUAGAUUAGGUGUUUGUGAGGAAGGAUGAUAGUCAUUGGAUGAGAUGUUCGUGAGGAAGGAUGAUAGUCAUUGGAUGAGAUGUUCGUGAGGAAGGAUGAUAGUCAUUGGAUGAGAUGUUCGUGAGGAAGGAUGAUAGUCAUUGGAUGAGAUGUUCGUGAGGAAGGAUGAUAGUCAUCGGAUUAGAUGUUCGUGAGGAAGGAUGAUAGUCAUUGGAUUAGAUGUUUGUGAGGAACGAUGAUAGUCAUUGGAUUAGGUGUUUUUGAGAACUAUGAUAGUCAUUGGAUUAGGUGUUUUUGAGAACGAUGAUAGUCAUUGGAUUAGGUGUUUUUGAGAACGAUGAUAGUCAUUGGAUUAGGUGUUUUUGAGAACGAUGAUAGUCAUUGGAUUAUGUGUUUGUGAGGAUGAUUGAUAGUCAUUGGAUUAGAUAUUUGUGAGGAAGGAUGAAAGUCAUUGGAUUAGAUGUUAGAAAAAAACAGAUUAUAAUAUUUUAAAUUGAUGUUGGACGAUACAGACUAUCACCAUUGGAUUUAACUGAUUAGUUGGGGAAAACAGCUAACGUUUAACAAAAUGUUUUAUCAUUGUGUGCCAGUGGUUGUAUGAAUGUGAGCCAGUGGUUGUAUGAAUGUGUGCCAGUGGUUGUAUGAAUGUGUGCCAGUGGUUGUAUGAAUGUGAGCCAGUGGUUGUAUGAAUGUGUGCCAGUGGUUGUAUGAAUGUGAGCCAGUGGUUGUAUGAAUGUGUGCCAGUGGUUGUAUGAAUGUGAGCCAGUGGUUGUAUGAAUGUGAGCCAGUGGUUGUAUGAAUGUGUGCCAGUGGUUGUAUGAAUGUGUGCCAGUGGUUGUAUGAAUGUGAGCCAGUGGUUGUAUGAAUGUGAGCCAGUGGUUGUAUGAAUGUGUGCCAGUGGUUGUAUGAAUGUGAGCCAGUGGUUGUAUGAAUGUGAGCCAGUGGUUGUAUGAAUGUGUGCCAGUGGUUGUAUGUGUGUGUGCCAGUGGUUGUAUGUGUGUGUGCCAGUGGUUGUAUGUGUGUGUGCCAGUGGUAGUAUGUGUGUGUGCCAGUGGUGGUAUGUUUGUGUGCCAGUGGUUGUAUGUGUGUGUGCCAGUGGUGGUAUGUUUGUGUGCCAGUGGUGGUAUGUUUGUGUGCCUGUGGUUGUAUGUGUGUGUGCCAGUGGUGGUAUGUUUGUGUGCCAGUGGUGGUAUGAAUGUGUGCCAGUGGUUGUAUGAAUGUGUGCCAGUGGUUGUAUGAUUGUGUGCCAGUGGUUGUAUGUGUGUGUGCCAGUGGUGGUAUGUGUGUACAGGGUGGUCCCAUGUGUGUGUGGAAAGGCUAAUGUCAUGUGUAUGUGUGAAAAGGAUGGUGUCAUGUGUAUGUAUGAAAGGGUUGGUGCAAUGUGUGUGUGUGUGUGAAAUGGGUGAUGUCGUGUGUAUGUGUGAAAAGGAUGGUGCAAUGUGUGUGUGUGUGAAAAGGGUGAUGUCAUGUGUAUGUGUGAAUAAGGUGGUGCUAUAAUUGAUCAGUACACAAAAAAAGUUCGCCUGGAGAUGUCUCGUCAUUUAGAGCAGCACGGAGGGGAGAUAACAUAGAGAGGGGAGAUAAGAUAGAGAGGAGGGGAUCACUGAUUGAGUGGAAUGGCAAGAAUCGUGUUUGGAAUAAGAGAAUUGAUUCUCUGCUUAAGACUCAAGGGUGCGUGUGGAUGUGUCCGUGUGUCGGCUUGUUUGUCCCAAGGCGGGGAGGGAAUGUGUGGGGUGGGUAGGCUAAGGUCGUGAAGGAUCAAGGUCUCGACAACGAAUCUGACAGAAGCUUCCAGAGGGCAAUAGAUCUUGGUUUCCAGUGGUUUAAAAAUGUGUUGUUGUUGUUUUUUUUUACUUAUGGUCGGCACAUACCAACAUGUUUUUACGCCAAGACGUCUCUUCUGCAGUUUUCCCUUAAAUUCUUACACAUGUCCCGUACAUCAUUACCCAUGUCCCGUACAUCAUUACACACGUCCCGUACAUCAUUACACAUGUCCCGUACAUCAUUACACAUGUCCCGUACAUCAUUAAACACGCACCAUAAAUUAAAACACAACACACAUCCCAUACAUUAUAAAACACGUCCCAUACAUUGUAACACACGUCCCGUAUAUUAUACCCCACGUCCCUUACAUUAUAACCCACGUCCCAUACAUUAUAACCCACGUCCCUUACAUUAUAAGACACGUCCCAUACAUUAUAACCCACGUCCCUUACAUUAUAACCCACGUCCCAUACAUUAUAACCCACGUCCCUUACAUUAUAAGACACGUCCCAUACAUUAUAAAACACGUCCCGUACAUUAUAACACACGUCCCGUACAUUAUAACACACGUCAUGUACAUCAUAACACACGUCCCGUACAUCAUAACACACGCCCCGUACAUUACAACACACGUCCCAUGCAUUAUAUUAUUACACAUGUCCCGUACAACACGGCGCUUGAAGUGAAGAAAGAUCGACUAAUUUAAUUAACGAUCCAGAUCAUUUUCUGUCCCCAUCUCUAAUCGCCCACAUCUAUCCCUAAUGUCACUGGACGGUACCCGCUCCAAGUAUCGACUAAUUUAAUUAACGAUCCAGAUCAUUUUCUGUCCCCAUCUCUAAUCGCCCACAUCUAUCCCUAAUGUCACUGGACGGUACCCGCUCCAAGUAUGUUUAUCGAUUAAAAUCACAGCACAUCACCCGCUCUCCUCUAGAUUACUGCUUCCCCAACUGUUCAGUAGGUGGUACCACCAGGUAUUAAUCCAUGCGGCAGAAACAAAUUGAUUUUUUGGUACUUUUUCGAUCUUAUUAAACGCCCCCCUUUGCCCAUACCGGCGAGUUAAUGUGUGUGGACCAUGACUGGACCACAGAGCACCGCUUAACUCUUUCGGGGGCGGAGCCUUCUCGGGGUGUCUGCGCCAAAAAAGAUGGAGCACUUUUUACGAGCAUGGCACUAGCAUUGCAAGACACAAAAAAUGUAUUUAAAAAAUGAACUAUUUCCAUUACAUGUAUGAAAAUUAUAAUAUUUUUGUAGGAAAUUGAAUGAUCUAAUACAGGGGUCUCAAACUCAUGGCCCGCGGGCCCUUUGCCGCCCACAAGACGAUUUUUUGCGGCCCGAUACCUGACAGUAAAGUUCAGUGUUAAUGCGGCCCGUGCAUUUCCCCAUUCUCAUAUCUGUGACGGCUACAAUCGCAUCUAACCGACUAGUCUACUUGGGAUUUUUAUUUUGCUGUAUAGGUUUGUUCGUUUGUUAAAAUGGUCAAGAGACUUUUUUUUUAAAAUCGGACAAAAAGUUUUUAUUUUAUAGCAUUUUAUGAGUUAAACAUGGCGGCCAAAGUUCGAAUUUGAACACAGGUUUGCAGACUUUAUAACACACAGAGGCACUUUUCACAUUUUCGCUGUCCCUUUAUCCCUCAUUGUGGAAGAUUCCCCCCAUCCCCAAACACCUUUUUUCUCUUCCCCCCCCCCCCGCUUCAAAUGGAGCUAAUUGAUCUUCAAUGCAAUUCUGAACUCAAGGCUAAGUUCAGGGAGGUGAAUGGAAAAAACAGACAAGCUUGGACAAUUUAUGAGAGAAUCGUCCUGCAACUGCCCCGAGAUUUCCAGGUUGUUCAAGCGGAUCAAGUCAAAGUUCGUGCCCAAACGUAGUGAUGGGCAUCUUUGAGCUCUACUGAGCGUCUCAGUUGCUUCCUCACUCAAGCAAAAUGUUGCUCAGCUGAAUAAGAAAAAACGCUUCCAGGUCUCUGGGAACAAGGAGUAUGAAACCAGUUCUCAAGAACCCUUCAUGUUUUUAUUAUUUUUUUUUUUUAUUAAUAAAGGUUGAGCACAUUGUAACAGUUGCUCUUUAUUAGAUUUGUCAUCGCUUUUUUUUGUGUGAAAAAAUUUCAAGCGACUCGGUCUCACUCAGACUUAAUUUCCUUUGGCCCCCUGGAUCAUUUGAGUUUGAGACCCCCUGAUCUAAUAUAAUCUUCAUUUAUCAAACUGAAAUCUCAACAUUUAUGCAAAUGUGCUAUCCCGAUUUGCAUAAUUUAUGGGUGUCAUUUUUUGGUUAAACUUAGAUUAAACAUGACUUACUUGUAUCAAUUGUGUGAAUUUUUUUAUGGAAGAGGCCUGAGAGAGUCCUAGCACUUGUGUUUUGGCAAACGUGGCCCAUGGAGGUCCUUCUGGUACAUGGUUCUACUCUAAGCCAAAAAGUUCACAUCUUAUUGCCCUGUCUAAUGAUUCAAGCUUCCACAUACCUUGUUCUACUGUUCACAAAGCUUGAACGCGGUCCUUCAUUUAUUAUCUUUUAUUCUACUCCUUUUCCUGCGACCCCCCCCCCCCCCCGGGCUAAUUUUCAGUUGCUACAGACACUCACUGUAACACCAUUUAUGACCUAGAGACCUUCUCUUAAGCUGGCUGAGAAAGUUGCCUGCACACCUCUGGGCCGAGAAAGUUGCCUGCACACCUCUGGGCCGAGAAAGUUGCCUGCACACCUCUGGGCCGAGAAAGUUGCAUGCACACCUCUGGGCCGAGAAAGUUGACUGCACACCCCUGGGCCGAGAAAGUUGACUGCACACCUCUGGGCCGAGAAAGUUGGCUGCACACCUCUGGGCCGAGAAAGUUGACUGCACACCUCUGGGCUGAGAAAGUUGCCUGCACACCUCUGGGCUGAGAAAUUUGCCUGCACACCUCUGGGCUGAGAAAGUUGCCUGCACACCUCUGGGCUGAGAAAGUUGCCUGCCCACCUAUUGGCCUCUCUCAGAAACAUUUGAGGUGUACUUCGUUUUUUUUUAAAAAUAGCAUCUAAAGUACUAAGAUGGCGUAUUUAUAGGACCUGUCUGUCUAUAUUGUCUAAAAGUGAGAGGGUUAACAGCAUUAUCGUGAAAAUCAUCAUUCUGAUCGUCUUCAUGACUUUCCUGGUUGUUUUCAUCAAUGCCGGAUUCACUGCUAGAAUAUCAAAAGCAUUAAGGAAAAUUUGUUCAGUGUCACUGUCAGACAUUUUGGAAUUUUACGCUUUUACUUGUAACACACAAAAUUACCGAACACAACGAAAACUGGUAAAUAAAAGGAGGCCACCAUUAAAAUGCCAGGAAUUUGUAAAAAGCAAUCUGAUUAUCUGGUACGAAGAUCAACCAGCCAAUAUCGAGCCGUUAGAUCGGCCAUCCGUUUAUAUCGCUACUCCACCACUGGAGAUGUCUCGUCAUUUAUGGACACUCUGGUUGUAUGAUGAUUAGGCACGAGGGUUGUAAGAUAACUGCACACAUCGGUUGUCGGUAAAAUAACUGGAAAACCUAGUACAGCACAUAAAAUUGGAUGAAUAAAGGGGAGGUUGUUGUUUUGUUUUUUGUUUGUUUUUUUUUGGGGGGGGGCUUUUUACAUAAACAAAAAAAUAAUAAUGUUUCAUGCAAGGAGAAACUAGAGAUUGUAAUAUUAUUGGUAUUGCAUUUCUUAGUAUCAAGUUAACAACAUGGUAGUCGUAAUCAAUUGAUUCCUGCUGAAUAACAAAAUAAUGAACCCUCCCUUCAACUUCAAGUGUAUUGACAAGGAACGUUCGGAACAAGUUUUAGAACAAAGAAGAGCAACUUUAUUCAACUUUCGUACAUCAUCAAGGGGGCAUAUUUAUAUUUAGGCAUUGCAAGACGGUUUGUGUAUUUUAUAUCCUUCACACCAUCCAGAAAACCGAGGUCAUAUUGUGGGAAUCCUCGAGGACGAGGUCACGUUGUAGUAAUCAGCAACGCUUAGCAGAAGCCGAGAGUCUGGUGGUUACCAUUCUUAGUUCUAACAAGUCCAAAGAAUGUUAACAACUAGUACUAGUGUUAUUCUCAAAUUAGUGUAGUGUUGGCCUGUUACUGUUAGUAGAAAUGUAAUGCUUUUCAUUUGAAUUUGUCCAUUUUCAUAUGAAGAAUGAUUUAUUAUCAUAGCAUCUUUGAUUAAAAGGAUUGCAUUUAAUCAGUAUAUCAGGCAACUUUCUCCAUUUUGACAAAUAUAAUAUGGGCAAAUGAUUUCUUAUUUUAUUCAAAUUUUAUUUAUGCUUGAGGCCCCCCAGUUAUUGAUUGGUUUGGUCUCAUUUGAACUUGAUACAUUGCAUAUUCUGUAACUUGAACAUCUACAAUUAAAGAAGUAUAUAUCUUAAAUUUUAUUAGCUUUCCCCAUUUAGUUGUAAUGAGCUAUCUCCCCUAGUGUUAUGAGUUAUCUCUCCUAGUAAACAUUACUUGCCCUUCCUGACUAGCUCCAUUUGACUGCCAGUUUUUUUUUUAACUCUUUAGCAGUGUUUUCAUUGGGCCAAAUCAAAGAGCAAAUGCUUGAAUGACUGAAGUCACUUGGGAUUUGCUCUAAUGAAAAUAUUAUGGUUGUGUUUGGGAAUCAAUAGAAACAUUGUCAAUGGUUUGUAAAGGUCAAGGUCCCUUUACAAAUGAGAAUGAUUAAUUUAGACUUUAGAGAUGGGCUGAGAGAAGAAUAGAUGUGCUGAAAGAAUUAGAGAUGGGCUGACAGAAGCAGAAAUGGACUGACAGAAGUAGAGAUUGGCUGAGAGAAGUAGUGGUGGGCUGAGAGAAGCAGAGAUAAGCUGAAAGAAGUAGAGAUGGUUUGACAGAAGUAGAGAUGGGCUGAGAGAAGCAUAGUUGGGCUGACAGAAGUUGGGGUGGGCUGAGAGAAGUAGGGGUGGGCUGAGAGAAGCAGUGAUGGGCUGACAGAAGUAGAGUUGGGCUGAAAGAAGUAGAGAUAGGCUGACAGAACCAAGGGUUGGCCGAGAAAAUCACAGAUUAAAAAGAGAGCAGUUGAUACAUCUUUUCUUCCAUUGAUAAACUCCCUUGCUUGAAAUAUACUGAAUUUUUAUGUUUAACCUAUUUCAUAAUCUCUGCUCCUUUAAACAUAGUUAUCCAACUUAUUUGAUUACAAAGGCAUUUACAGAUACUUAUUGCUCUCACUUCUUUCAUCCAGAGAGAUCCAACUCCUUCAAGAAAAUAUCCAAUGGGAAAUCCUCCAAGGUGAAGGAGAGGAAUGAAGAAAUCGGGGUGCCUCUGAGUGACUCCCAAAAAACUGCAAGUGGUGCUGCUGCCACGGGGUCCAGUGAUAAAUCCAAUGGUGCUACAAAAACCCAAAACAAGACGUACUUACUGGAGGUCCCAAAUGAAAUAUCUAAACCAGUGAGUGAGAUGUUUAGCCCUGCUGAACUACACUUAGCAUUAAGACAUACACACCGAGCCAUAGCACAUGCACACUUAGUUGGUCUGCAUCAUGAUUGAGAUUUUAACAACUGUCUGAUGCCAUGUUAGACUGUGUCAGCCUCAUGAAAUAAAAAUAAAUUAUAGAAAACUUUAAUAUAUAAACAAAACCCAAUUCACUAUUUAAAAAUAUUUGGUUAUUAAAAGUUUGUUUUUCUUUUGUUUGUUUUUUCAAAUCUGAUUAAUUGACUUCAAAUUUUCACCAUGUAAAUAUUUAUUGUUACUGCCUUUAUUAAGAUAUUUAUAAAGACUUGACUGUGAUUUGUUUCUCUCUCUCUCUCUCUCUCUCUUAAGGAAUCUCAAACCAAAAGUUCAAUGAGAGAUUUCAAGUCUAUGACCGCCUCUAAAAUCAUUCAGUGAGUGCCUCAUGUGAUGUGGGGAGUAGCUGUUAUAAAGAAACCGCAUAAAAUAAUAACAGAUCCAUUCAUGUUCAAGAAGAAUUUUUAAACAUUUGAAGUUGAAUGCUUUUUUAUAACUGCAAUCUUUUAAAUGUACUCAUUUCUUUAUUUCAGCGUGACAAGUAGUCAAAUAGAAUUCUUCAAGAUGUUGGAUGAAAAAAUUGAAAAGGUAGCAAAUUAUGUACCCGGUAGAUAAUAAUUUUGAAAUAAAUUUCCUUCUAAUCAGUGUAAUUUAUUACAUACCGGUAGCUCAAGGCCUUAAAGAAGUCUUAAUCUGUCUCUCUUGACAGAUGGGUUUUUCCUAGCCAGAUUUUGUAAGGACUAGGUAAGGAUGGAGCUAAAAGAAUAGACUCCUUUCCCCUAGAAAUAUUUUUUUAAGCUAUUCCUCCACAGUUUAUUCUUUUAGCAUCAAUAGGUUCAAUUUUCUGAGGGGGUAUGAGGUGCAAGGUGAUUAAAAUUUAUUAUAAGAAAAAGGAAACAUGGGAAUAAAGUUAUGACGUUAGUGUUUUUAUACUUUUAAAUUUAUUCAUUAAACUUUUACCUAGUGUUAGAAGUCAAAGGUUUAUUUUCUGAGUUCUACACUUCUCUUUGUAAUUCAAUAACAACAUUAGAAGAUAAUAUUUUUUCAAAUGCUAAGUGCAACAAUUUGUUUCGGGACUGCAGAAUCUAGAAAAGGUUUGGAAACCCUAUAUUUCAUUUUAAAAAUAUGGACUUUAAAUUUCUGUGGUUGUUAUCCAACAGGGAGCUGAGGCUGAGUUCCUUCCAUCUGGCGAGGGAUCUGAAGUAUCAUCUGUAGAUGAUGUGUACAGGUAUUGAUGAAACCUACACACCCUGUACACACCCUGACAGGGUGUGACCUCAUUGACUGAUGGAUCAACAUUGAUGAGGUGCGCAAGCGAUGAUGAGCAUCAUCUGUCUACAUUUAUCGAAUAAAUUGACUCGAGCUGUACCAUUUGUACAUGAAACAUUGGUACCGGUACAUUACAUGUUGGAAUAUUAUUUCUUGGUUACAGCUUUUAUGCACAGAGCAACCAGUGAUGGUAUCGUUAAAAAUAAAGAGGACACUGACUUUAUGCACAGAGCAACCAGUGAUGGUAUCGUUAAAAAUAAAGAGGACACUGACUUUAUGCACAGAGCAACCAGUGAUGGUAUCGUUAAGAAUAAAGAGGACACUGAUGUGUAGCUUAAAAUCUAUAUGAAAAGACUCAAGCUAAACAAAGCUUAACUGUUAAAGAUGUUGACUACAGGAACUGCAAAAGAUGUUAACAAUAAGUGUACUUCCAUCUCAAUGCUCUAAAUCUGCUCUCUGAUUUCUCUAAGGAAUGAGAUCAGCUCUUGCAAAGUCUUUUUAAGAAUUGCUGCAUCCAGCAUAAAAAUUACUCAUGAAACUGCUCUUUUCAGUAUUGCUAUAUUUUCUGUGUGAAAUGGAUUAAUGCUUCAAAAACUAACUACCAAUAUUAUGUUCAUGGUACCAAUAAUAAAACUUGUGCGGAACAAGAUACAACUUGCGUGAUGCCAAGUCUUCAUAUCAACACAAUGAUGAUGACUAAAAGACCAGUGCAUUUACUGACUCGAGUGCUACUUUCAAGACUUGGACACACACUUCUCGCAUAAAAUCAUGAUAAUUGUAUCCUGCACAUCAACUGCGUCAUGCGUAUGUGCGAGACCAGCUGUUUAAAGUUUGCAGUGGGCAGAUGAACAUGACUGCAAAAUGCUGGUAACAAGUUCAAAAUUCUUCCUGUGUUUGAAACUCUUCAUGUGGUUCACAAAUGGCAAUGCUAAACUUGAAUAUCCAAGGAUAUAAAUCUUUGAGGUGAUAAGUUGAAGAUAUUCAUAAAUUCACAUGGCGAGGUUUGGAUAAUUGAGAGAAAAAUUGCACACGAAAAUAGACAUGUAUUUUUCUUCUCCUGGUUUUGACUGAAUGAAGUAUACCCAAGAAGUAUUCAAGUUUUGAAUCAAUGAAGUGAAUACAAGAAGUAGAAAAUUUAUUAUUCAAGUUAAAUUUUUGAUUCCUGGUGAUAUUGUUUUAUUUACAAGUCUGGUAAACAAAAUAUGUAAGCAAACAGUGCCCAGUACUGUGCUGUUGUGUGUGAUAAAAUUUGUCAAGUAUCCAUUUCAAAGUGUGCAUGUUAUGAAUUAUUUUUUUGUAAUGAAAGAAUUGAUUCUAUUUUUAGAUGUGGAGUUGUAAAGGCCAAACUUGGACAUUUUUUUAAAAACCAAACUUAAUGUGAUAUUUCUUUGGUUUUGGGUCGAGUUUUACUUUGAAUAUACUUAAAUUGUAAUGUUUUUCAUUAUUUUCAUUGCAUAAUCUCUAUUAAUUUACAAUUUUAAAAAAAAAAUCACAUAUUUACUUUUUUAAAGUGAAGAACAAUGACUGUUAAAGCCGGAGUACAUUUAAAAGGUUCAAAUAUAAUGAUAUACCUGUCCACUUAUGUUAUAUAGCAAUAAUUUCUACUUUUAAUUUUCAUUUUCUUUUAUUUAUCCCCCCGGACGUAUAUUUUUAAAUAGUCCAACAAAAGUAACGAUUAAAAAAAGUUUUAAAAAAAAAAAUUAAUAAUUAUCAUAAAAAUUAUUACAAGUGACGAAAAAAAAAGUAAUUUCUGUUAUAUUCAUGAAACAUUUGACCAUUAAGACCAAUCAAGUAUAAUAUUCUCCAUAGAGUUGAUCAGAAAGUAAUUACUAUGAUCAAAAUAAAUUUAUAAAAAUAACAAAUGAAAUUGACUCAAGAGCAAAACAAUGUUUAUCCUUUAAUAUAUUUAAGACAUAAGUUAGUACCGGUACAUACUUGUGUAGUUAGUACCAACACUUACUUGUGAACAAAAUUAUGAAGAUUUUUACAUGUGAACAUCUCUUGCAUUUGAGGUUUUAUCUGAGAAGUUUGACAAUAAUGUAAUAGUAUACAAAUUUUUUCUUACCAUAUUUUUUUCUGCGUAUAAAUUAUAAAAUGAGUAAAAAAAAAUUAUUGCUUUAAUUUAGUUACAUUCUCAGGCCAAUGAGACAAUAAUAAUAAUAAUAAGAUUGUUAUUAUUAAGAUAUUUAAAUUUUAUUCUUCCCAUUAAAUUAACAUGCAAAAGAUAUAUCAGAGUCAAAUUAAAGUUUUUAAUGCACAAUAACGUGACACCAGAUAAGCAAGUCAUGUGUCUUCUGAUGUUCCCAUGGAACAUGGGCGCCCGCAGGUAGGGGCAAGGGGGGCAAUUGCCGCCCCCCCCCCCCACCUGAAUU